UGCUGCUGCUGCUGAAGAGGACUCGGGUAGUAGUAGUAGUAGUAGUAGUAGUAGUAGUAGUAGUAGUAAUGGUAGCAGUAGUAGUAGUAGUAGUAGUAGUAGUAGUAGUAGUAGUAGUAGUAGUAGUAGUAGUAGUAGUAGUAGUAAUGGUAGUAGUAGUAGUAGUAGUAGUAGUAGUAGUAGUUAUUGUCAAACCUGAACAUUAUGACCAUGCCGCAGAAACUUUUAGAGGAAGUGGCGUCAUUGUGACAAAAGACGGACAACGACACUUAGGUGCAGUGAUCGGGACAGAGGUAUAUAAGAAGGAGUACGUGGGAGACAAAGUAGCUGAAUGGGUGAAGGAAAUAGAAGCUUUGUCUGCCAUUGCCAAGACUGAGCCACACGCUGCCUAUUCAGCGUACACCCACGGCAUCCAACAUCGGUGGACGUUCCUGAUGCGCACCAUCCCCGGCAUCAGUCCACUCCUCCGACCACUGGAAAAUGCCGUCAAGAAUGUAUUCUUGCCGGCGCUGGUGAAAUCUCAUGCUUUGGGGGAGGAGGAGAGGGAUAUGCUAGCACUCCCCCCAAGACUGGGUGGGAUGGGGAUCACCAACCCUGAGAAGCUGGCAGAUAAGGAGAACCAAAACUCCAUCAGCCUUACCAGGUCACUCAUCAACAGGAUCAUCGCUCAGGAGGCAGAGGGCGAGAUAGACCAAACAGAAAUAAGAGAUAUUAAAAGAAAAAUCUCAGAAGAAAGGCAACAGGCCCAAAAAGACGAGCUGGACCGUCUUACACACCACCUGUCCACAGAAAUGGGUAGAAAAAUACACACAGCACAGGAGGCAGGCGCCUCUAACUGGCUAACGUCAUUACCAAUCAGAGCAAAGGGCUUCAGCCUCAACAAACAAGAAUUUGUCGACGCCAUUGCUCUGAGAUAUGGCUGGCCGAUUGAGGGACUGCCUGAUCUCUGUGCAUGUGGAUCAGCAAAUGAUGUCACCCACACCAUGACAUGUAAAAAAGGAGGCUUCGUCUGUAUUCGACACGAUGAAGUGAGGGAUCUGACAGCCAGCAUGCUCGGGGAGGUAUGCCAAGACGUCACUACCGAGCUGGCACUGCUUCAACUGGACGGCGAUCACCUUCGAUCUCUUUUUUCAUCAUGA